AUGCCUUCUUCUCCAGAUGGCCAUGGUGGUGUUGCUGUUCGACCUGUCUCGCCUGCCCAAUUUAGUUCGGCCUCUGGCCUGUCAUCCCCACCAGGCUCCAGUCCCGAACCUGGCUCGCCAUCAGCACAAUUUGCAAACGAAUUGUCGACGCAUCAAAAUUCCAGCAUCACGGUCAAUCCUCCUGGUGGUGUUGAUGGUCCUUCGGCAAGGAAACCCGAAGUUGUUGUGGCACAACCACCCGCUCGGAAAAAACCCGGUAGGAAGCCGAAAGUCUCGCUCCCUCUCCCUGCAGACAGUUCAGCGACAAAUACAGACCAAACCGCCGCACCCAAGACCCGGAAACCCAGAAAACCAAGAGAUCCCAAUGCACCAGUUCGCAGGCGCAAAAAUCAAUCUACUGAACCUGUUCAUGCACCUGAGAUCAAUGCGGCUCCCGGCCCGCCGCCGAGGCAGCCCCCACAACCGACCGUUGUGGGGCCCGUCCCUAGCAACAAUGUAAAUGUUCGCCCCGAUCCUGUACCUUCCCAAAACGGCAAAAGUGAAGAUAUACAACGCCCUAUCAAUAGCUUCUUCACGUCGGGCCCACCUCCACCACGACAACAGCCAUAUCAGCACCAACAACCGCUGCCACAAACUAUGCCGCAAACUCUGCGAAGCAGCAGUAGUGGCCAAAAUUACGAUCCCAUUAGGUCGAAUUACGAUCAUGUCCGAGAAACCGUUGUCACUCACCCUCCACCUCCGUAUAAUGCCCAAGGCUCGCCGAGUCAAUCUCAUUCUAUGAACCGCGCAAGCGCUUCGCCCUCUAUUUCCAGUCUGGUCGAUCCUCCAAAUCAAUCAUUGACUUCACCAUCAAUUGCAGCACAGUCCUUCUUCAAUCAACAACAAAGACUGCACCAUGAAGGUCAUGCCUCUGUUCCUCCUUCUCCGACCGUAACUAGGCUGGCGCCUGGAGCGGCCAUUGAAUCAUCACCCAAACCUCCUGCUCCUGCUAGCAUGGCCCCAAGAAAGUCGGACUCAAAUCAGGUUACAUUGAGUUCUUCAGCCAUGUCAAAGAAAAACUCUACAGGCGCAGGCAGUACCGCUACAUCUUCAGCUGCUGCAUCUCCUAAACCACCUAAAGCUAAAGAAGGCAAGGAUGUCUACCCCACCCCCCCUCCUCUUCCAGGUUCUGGUUUGAUGCAACUUGGAGGUAUGGGCGGUGCUCCUGGAGAUGGUACUGAAUUCCGUGCUCCAACGGUCAUUUUGAACAUCCCCAUGAAUGGCGAGGUCAACAAGAUUAUCAACUUCACGCGUAUGGCAGAGGACAGAUACGGAUGGGAUGCUCUUCACCCACGUCUUGCUGCUCAAAGGGACCGACUUGCACGCGUAGCUGCGGCAGGUGCAGCAUUAGAGCGAAAUGGUUCUGGAAGAGAUAGUGGUGAUGAUAUGUCACUUGACUCAGACGCCGAGGGCAGUAAUGUCGAAAUGGGUGGCAUGAGUGAUGGGCGAACAGGUACUGACGGAGGAGCCAAGAAGAUACCCCGCAAGAGAAAGAUGAAAGAGGAUGAUUAUGACAAGGAUGAUGGAUUUGUUGACGACACCGAGUUGCUUUGGGAGGAACAGGCUGCUGCUGCUACUGAUGGUUUCUUCGUUUACUCUGGUCCUCUGGUUCCAGAGGGUGAUAAAGCCCCAGUUGAAUUGAGCAGACCUGAUGGCCUACCAAAGCGGGGGAGAGGUAGUCGUGGCGGCCGUGGUGGAGCGCGUGGUGUGGGCUCCCGAGGAGGUGCUGCCGCUGCCGCCGCCCACGCGAUCCAAGCUUCUGCCAACAUCAAUCCCAGAACUGGUCUACCAUUAUCAGGCCCUGGUUCUCGAGGUGGAUCUACAACUCGCAAACCCCGCAUUACCAAAGCAGACCGAGAGCGUAUGCUACAAGAGAAACUUGAGAGAGAAAAGAUGGGUACUAUGGCAACGAUGCCCGCUGGGUAUGGUGGAAUGGCUCUUGCGAGUGCUGCAAAUAUGGGAGGCACUCCCAUGGUUUUCAACUCUUGA